GGCAUGCUUUGCGGCCGCCUUGCCGCGCGCACAUUUAGGCGUUCCGGGCUGCAGCAGGGAAGGUGAGCGCACGGGCAAGCGGGAGGGACCAUUUUCCGGCCUGAUGCGACCCGGAAGCGCGUUUAGACUACGGAGUAGCCUAGGGGACCCAGGGUGGAAGCGUAGCGAGGACCCCUCUGCGGGGAUCCUGCAGCCCGUCCUCGCCCAGUCCCGGGCGGGCUGCUUGGUACUAUCUCCUAGGCCGGCCCCGCAACGCAGUGGUCGUAGGGACGUUGGACUUUGACCUGGACGCUUCCUUUCUUAGCCUCACUUUCCGCAUUGGGGGAAAAAAAAAAAAAAGCCCGAAUGAUAAUGAUUCUUAUAGGAGUUCUUGAUUAAGAUAGGCCAAGCUGUACCCUGCGUUUUUGUUUGCGGCAACUCAUUCGUUGCUCAUUAAGCACUUUUCACGGACAUGGAAUACAAUUGUCCACGGUGACCACACUCAUGGCAGGUCCCCUGUGGCGGACUGCAGCAUUUGUGCAGAGACACAGGACAGGCCUGUUGGUGGGUUCCUGUGCAGGCCUGUUUGGAGUUCAAAUCUCGUACCACCUCUUCCCGGAUCCCGUGGUCCAAUGGCUCUACCAGUACUGGGCUCAGGGCCAGCCAGCCCCGCUCCCUCCACAGCUGCAGAGCCUCUUCCAAGAGGUGCUACAGGACAUAGGUGUUCCUUCAGGCCAUUGCUACAAGCCCUUCACCACCUUCACCUUCCAGCCUGUGAGUGCAGGCUUCCCCAGGCUCCCUGCUGGGGCUGUGGUGGGCAUCCCUGCCAGUUUCUUGGGGGACCUAGUGAUCAGCCCUGACCAUCCCACGGUCAUACAUGGGCGAAGAGUGGACUGGCGGAGCCCAGCAGGAGCCCGGCUGAGAGUUGCCCUGACCCUGUCCCAUGAAGCCCAGAAGUUCGCCUUGGCCAGGGAAGUGGUGUACCUGGAAAGCAAUACCACUGCCCUGCAGGCCCUGCUGGCCCCAGCUUGCCUGGCAGGGACCUGGGCACUGGGCGUGGGUGCCAAGUACACCCUGGGGCUCUAUGGAGGCCCCAUGAAUUUACGGGCUGCCUUCAACUUGGUGGCAGCAGUGGCAGGCUUUGUGGUCUACGCCUUCUCCAAGGAUUCUCUCACUCAUGCCGCGGAGUCCUGGCUGGACCGCCGCACGGCCUCCCUCUCUGCAGCCUAUGUCUGCGGUGGAGUGGAGUUCUAUGAGAAGCUUCUGUCGGGCAAUCUGGCCCUGCGCAGUCUCUUGGGCAAGGAGGGGGAGAAGCUGUAUACACCCAGCGGGAACAUCGUCCCCAGACACUGGUUCCGCAUCAAACAUUUACCCUACACCACCCGCCGGGACUCUCUGCUGCACAUGUGGAGGAUGAUGCUCAACCCGGGCCGCUCCUGAUGAGCUCAUCACAAGGACACUUCCAGCUUGUGCAGACACCACCCUGCCACUGAGUCUGCAGGGCCCUGUUGGAGCCUUUGGAUCUAUAGCUCAAGGCCAGAAAAAUCACAGGCUUUGGAAUUAAAUAGCUUAGAUUCUACUGUAAUCACUACUUAAUGAACUCAGGGACUAUGAGGGACUAUUCAGGGACUAUGAAUCUGAGCCUUCAUUUCUUGAACUGAAAAGCGGAGAUGAUGUAAACUACCUUGCAAGAUUGUGGAGUUGGGUAAGGUCAUGAACAUAAGGGCCUGGUGCAAAGGGUACGCUGUAAAUAAACAGACAUCCCUCCUU